CUCGCGGGGGCUCGUGGCAAGCAGCCAGCAGGGGGAGCUCGGCGUCCGUGCCCGGCGUCGGUCAGGCGCCGCCGCUGUUUCGGGAAAGCCAUCCAGGUGAGGCCUUCCCGUUCCUCUGCGUUGCGUCCGUGGUUACGCGUUCCCCUGUCUGAUAUCCAUCCAGAAUCCGUUGCUUCGUUUGCCCCCGGCAUUUCCGUCGUCCUGUAUGGUUCUCUUGAUUUCCAGCGUCGUUUCGGGGGAGUUCCGCUUCCAAAUUUGAUCAUAUUCUUGUAUCUGUUUAUACACGAUACUAUAUACUAGUAUAUAAUCCUUUUUUUUGAGAAAAGACCAUACGUUUCUUGUGAAGAAUUUGGUGCUGCGGCUCCGUUCCUCUGAUCGGAUACGUUCGUCAGAGUUUGACCAUACGUUCCUCAUCCUUCCUGAUCUUUUAUUUGAUUUGUUGGGAAUUUGGGGGUUCGUGACAAACUUGCCAUAAAAAAAUCCAAAUGGUUUAACAAUUCGAGCCCAUCCAAGAUCCAUCCAACCACUCGACUUUUGCGGCUGUCCAAGUCCAAUGCACGAGCACAUGGGACGAUGCCAUACUGGCAUCCUGCUGGUUCGCGUGACCAAAUGAACUCACGGCUGCGCCUCCACGCUGCAGCACCCGCCCCCGCCUCGGAGCUCGAGCUGCUGGUCCCCAGGGUCGCCGCCGCAGCCGCCAUGGAGCAGCAGCGCAGCGCGCCGCCACCGGGCGCGCACGAGAUCGAGAAGACGCCCUCCGGCCGCGCCGCGCCGGACAUGGAGUCGGAGCCCGCGGCGGCGCGCGCGGCGGAGCGCGUCCCGCCGUGGCGCGAGCAGAUCACCCCGCGCGGCAUGGUGGCCGCGCUUCUCAUGGGCUUCGUCUUCACGGUCAUACAGAUGAAGAUCAGCCUCAGCACGGGGCUCAACCCCACGAUGAACGUCUCCGCCGCGCUGCUCGCCUUCCUCGCGCUCCGCGGCUGGACGCGCGCCCUCGACCGCCUCGGCAUUGCCUCCCGCCCCUUCACCCGCCAGGAGAACACCGUCGUCCAGACAUGCGUCGUCGCCUGCUACAGCAUCGCAUACGGCGGUGGGUUCGGGUCCUUCUUGCUGGGCCUGAACAAGAGGACGUACGAGCAGUCCGGGGUGAGCUCGCCGGGCAACGCGCCGGGAAGCUACAAGGAGCCCGCCAUCGGCUGGAUGAUGGGAUUCCUCCUCUCCGUCAGCUUCGUGGGGCUCCUCACCUUGCUUCCAAUCAGAAAGGUGCUCGUGAUCGAUUAUAAACUAACUUAUCCAAGUGGGACUGCUACUGCGGUUCUCAUAAACGGGUUCCACACACCUCAAGGAGACAAGAAUGCAAAAAAGCAGGUCCGUGGAUUCCUCAAGUACUUCGGGAUCAGCUUCCUUUGGAGCUUCUUCCAAUGGUUCUACACCGCCGGAGACGCCUGCGGAUUCGCCCAGUUCCCUACUUUUGGGCUCAAAGCUUGGAAGCAAACGUUUUUCUUCGACUUUAGUCCGACGUAUGUUGGCGCCGGGAUGAUUUGCUCACACCUUGUCAACCUCUCAUUGCUCUUUGGCGCAAUCCUUUCCUGGGGCGUAAUGUGGCCACUCAUCAGCAAGCAGAAGGGCAACUGGUACUCUGCCAAGGCGUCUGAGAGUAGCAUGACGAGCAUCUACGGUUACAAGGCCUUCCUCUGCAUUGCUCUGCUGGUCGGAGACGGGCUCUACAACUUCGUCAAAGUCAUGGUAAUCUCUGUCAAGAACAUACGCGAGAGAUCACAUCGCAAGAGCCUGAACAGAGUGGCGGACGCGGACACCAUGGCGCUGGACGACCUGCAGCGCGACGAGGUGUUCAACAAGGACAACAUCCCGACCUGGCUGGCCUACACGGGGUACGCCCUGCUCAGCGUCAUCGCGGUGAUCAUCAUCCCGAUCAUGUUCCGACAGGUGAGGUGGUACUACGUGGUCGUGGCCUACCUGCUGGCGCCGGUGCUGGGGUUCUGCAACGCCUACGGCACGGGCCUGACGGACAUGAACAUGGGGUACAACUACGGCAAGAUCGCGCUGUUCAUCCUGGCGGCGUGGGCGGGCAAGGACAACGGCGUGGUGGCCGGCCUGGUGGUGUGCGGCGUGGUGAAGCAGCUCGUGCUCAUCUCCGCCGACCUGAUGCACGACUUCAAGACGGGCCACCUGACGCUGACGUCGCCGCGGUCGAUGCUGGUCGGGCAGGCCGUGGGCACGCUGAUGGGGUGCAUCCUGGCGCCGCUCACCUUCAUGCUCUUCUACAAGGCGUUCGACGUGGGGAACCCGGACGGGUACUGGAAGGCCCCCUACGCGCUCAUCUACCGCAACAUGGCGGUCCUCGGCGUGGAGGGGUUCUCGGCGCUGCCCAGGCACUGCCUGCAGCUGUGCGCGGGGUUCUUCGCGUUCGCGGUGGCGGCGAACCUGGCGCGGGACCUCCUGCCGCGGCGGCUCGCGCGGUUCAUGCCGCUGCCGAUGGCCAUGGCCGUGCCGUUCCUGGUAGGCGCCAGCUUCGCCAUCGACAUGUGCGUGGGGAGCCUCGUGGUGUUCGUGUGGCACAGGCUCGAUAGCAAGAAGGCCGUGCUGCUGGUCCCGGCCGUCGCCUCCGGGCUCAUCUGCGGCGACGGGAUCUGGACGUUCCCGUCGUCGCUGCUCGCGCUGGCCAAGGUCAAGCCGCCCAUCUGCAUGAAGUUCACGCCGGGAAGCUAGAGAGUACUAGGAACGACGAUCUAGUAGACACCUAGUUUAUCCAAGGACAAUGACUAUAGCCAAUACAUACAUACAGAUAGAGAGGUGGUUUCAAGUAAGGAAGACCUCGAUCUCUUUGGGGAAAUUCCAGAUAAAAUCCCAAAAAAAAUCCGGCGUGCUCUUCUGUUCAUAUGAGCCGGAUCGUGCACCGUGUAAAAUUCAGCUAAAAUGGAAAUUCAGUUAAAAUGGAAAUUCGAAGGACGACAGGAAGAACCGCCUGUUGUCAGUACAGUGAACA